AUGAACUCCUACUUAGACUACCCCGUGUGCAACCGGGGAGCGAAUAUUUUCAGUGCCAAGACCGGAUACCACAAUUUGAACCAUGGAUACGUGUCGUCCAACUCGUGCGCAACAAGUGAUAGUUACGCAACGGACGGGCGCUUAGUUGCCGCAACUCCUGCGCCACACCAGACUCCGAGCAUCCCUCUGCACCACCAGACACACGUCAGCCUGGAUCUGCAGUUUGCGACACCGGGGAACUCCAUGUACGCGUCCCCACUGGAGUACGGACACCACCAGUACGGGCUCCCGCCGGAGCAGGACCGGAGCUUCAUUCACGCCCAGGUCUCACCCGUCGGAUCCAACAUGGCUCCCUACACCGGGGACAGCUGCGGGCCUGGAGCUGCAACGGGCAGCCAGUUUUUACAUUUUGGAAACGGGGAUCAGAGGCAGCCAGAAUACCCAGACAGUGUUUACACGAGGCUACCGCUCCACAGGAAGGCGAAGGAUUUGGAGCAUGUGGAGGACACUUCUAAAACAUUCGACUGGAUGAAAGUGAAGAGGAACCCACCUAAAACAGCUGUCCUAUCGGAGUUCGGGAUUCCCGGGCAGCACAACGUGAUCCGCACCAACUUCACCACCAAGCAGCUGACCGAGCUGGAGAAAGAGUUCCACUUCAACAAGUACCUGACGCGGGGGAGGAGGGUGGAGGUCGCCGCUAGUCUGGAGCUCAACGAGACGCAGGUGAAGAUCUGGUUUCAGAACCGCAGGAUGAAGCAGAAAAAACGUGAGAAGUCGGCCUGCGUUUUGGUCAAAGCUGCGGCACCUGUGGAGAAACUCUCCGGCCCCAACAGCUCUCCAAAGGCAAAAGGGAAAGACUGUGAACCGUGA